AGCCCUCAUCUGCCCCACAACAACAGGGCGAGCGCUGCUACUUAAGGCGGGGAAAGACAUUGCGAGGAGCAGAGCUGUUGAAUCGAGGCAGUGGGAAGAGCUCUGAGUUCGCGGAAAGCAGCAGGAAGGAGGCGACACAAAGUGUGUACGACACAGGACGCUGCCUUGCCCGCUGAGUUCCUCCGGCACUUUGUGUUUUUGCUCCGGAUUCCAGCAUCUGUGGUUCAGCAGCGGCGCGGCGCAGACCACACCCGGAGUCCCAGGAUCCAGGCCCAGUCAUGGCGGAGAGCGCGGAACUGCUUAGCGCUUCGGCGCAGCUAGCGGAGAACAUGGCGAAUGCAACUGUAGCGAUGGGGCUGUUGAAGGAUGUAGCCAAGUUCGCCGCCGCGGCCGGUGUGAUGUCGGGAAUCUUCCAGGUGGGCGGCAUCAUUCUGCAGCUGGCGCUGGGAAAGCAGGACAGCGAGGAGCUGACAUAUAUGAAGGAGCAGUUCCAGAUCGUCAAGAACCAACUGGAUGUGAUUUCUGAUCAGAUCGGGGACGUGCUGAGGGAGAUCGAGAUGAGCACGGUCGAUAACCAGUAGUUCGCCAUCGAGGAGAACCUCAAGAACCAGUUCCGCAAAUACAUGGAGAUCCUGAGCUCAGCGCCCGAGUUCCGCGACAAGGAGCGAGACGAGUUCCUCGACCACUUCGUCGCGACCAAGGGCGACCAGAACCUGCACACGCUCUUCGACGGGAUCAUGGGCAACGCCGCCGUCUUUGGGAAGCCCAUCCUGGAGACGGCCAUGAGCUAUGACCAAAGGAACCGGCGCCUGAUGGAAAGCAUGUGUUGCCGGCUGAAGGAGCUCUUCUGCAUCGGUCUGAUCGCUCUCCUGGGCCACGCCGCCGUCACCGGCAACGACGUGGAGGCGUUGAAGAAAGAGUGGAACAAGAAACUGGCGAAAGUAGAAGCCAAAAUGAAAUCCAUGGUAGAUCAGUGCGUCAGCGAGUUUGCGCAGCAGGCAGAGAUAGAUGUCGAGAAGAUGGUGACGGACAAGGGGGGGAGAGAUAACAAGGCGUGCACCACCUUUAUCCUGAAGGGACUAGAGGAUAAAUACGACUGGGUCCGCUGGUCAGUGCGCGUCUAUAAUCCAGUCGGGGGCUUUGACAAUCACUGUGUUGAUGGCCCAAACCGCUUUCAUUUUUUCCGGCUCAAUGACGUCAACGUGGUUGUGUCCUACGCCAUCGACCCAAACUCAAUAGACGAGGCACAUAUCGGCCAGUUGAUGGAGGGCAAGGAUGGCUGGAGUGACGCCAGAAAAGUGGUCGACUUCAUCACCGACGUCACGCCCAACUACAUGGUCCACGCGGUCAAGCGCUUACAAGGCCUGUGGAUGAGCAAUAACUUCCCCGACGGCUGCCACUUCUGGGAGAACUACAGUGGGGUCACCCUCUGUGUCCACUCCACAUGAUGGCCCCAGGAGCGAGCCGGUCCCGUCAUGGCGGGGUAUGUUAGAAAUUAAAUUGAUCAAAUAUGUGAUUAAAAUGAAUCCGGACCCAAUCAGUUCAGUGUCCGCGUCCUAGAUUUAUCAGCGUUACAAUUCGUCGCUUGGUGUGCAACCGGUGAGCAGCCGCUUCCCCAGUUUACUGACCGUCCGCUGAACACCAAGCGCUGCAGACACGACCCUGUCUGGUUACCUCCUGCACUCAGCAGCCGCUGCCCGGCAAACAACACAAUGGCCACCGGCAGCGGGGUCUUCUGAUGCCCUUUAUCCUUGUAGAUCAAUCGUUGUCAUUGCUUGGCUGUGCUUAAAGUGAUUAAUCGGUUCUGUGAAAAUAUAUACGAUGUACAUGUUAAUCAGUUCAAUAAAUUCGAAUCACAA